AUGAACUCGUUCUUUCUCACUCUCGUCACCGUUUUUUGUUUGUUUGCUGUAACUCAAGCACAGGUAACUUUCCUCUGAUCUCUCCUCCUAACUUGUACUGUUCUCCUUGCAGACGUGCACCUGGGGUACAUGGGGAGAAUGGUCCUCGUGCAGCGACACUUGCGGAAACUGCGGAACUCAAUCGAGAACCCGCACGUGCUCUUCUUCCACCUCCGCGACCACAACCGUUUGCACAUGUUCUGGGUAAGUCAUAAGAACCCACAAUAUUCGUUCACCUAUUCGUUUUCCAGUGACACGAGUGAGCAGCAAACGUGCUCACCGGCCAUCUGCAAGUUCCCCCGUACCUCCUGCUGCAGCGGCUCUCCGUCCUCGGUCAGCGGACAGUUCGAAUGCGCAUAA